CGCGACGCCGCCGCCCUUGCAGACAAGGUGCUGCGGGAGCUGAUCGAGCCCUACGAGGUGCGGGCGGCCGCGCUGCGCGAGUUCCUGGGCGACGUGCGGCCCGAGCUGCGCCACGACGUGGUGCCCCUGCGGGACCCCUACGGCCCCGCCGCCACCGACCCCGAGCUGCGCUGCCUCGUGCUCAGCGAGGAGACCCGCCAGGGCGGCCACGCCGUCAACCAGAAGAGGCUGCAAAAUGGCCUCCCCGAGCUCUCCCUCUACGAGAUCGUCCUGCUGAAGGACCCUGUGCACAGCGAGAGCGAGGAGGAGAAGGUCAGCUCCUCCAGCCUCCGGCAGAGGCUGCUGGGGACCUUGCUGCGGCCACUGCAGAAAGACUCCUCCUUGCCCGCCCGCCCCUACGUGAUCGGCCUCACGGGAGGAACGGGCAGCGGGAAAUCCUCCAUCGCCAAGUACCUGGACGAGCUCGGAGCCUUCGUCAUCGACGCGGACCGGCUGGGCCACGCCGCGUACGUGCCCGGGGGCCCUGCCUACGAGCAGGUCGUGGCCACCUUUGGAGCAGAAAUCUUGAACGAAGAUGGGACAAUUAACAGAAAAGUCCUUGGGGCCAAAGUCUUUGGAAACCAGGAGCGGUUGAAGGCGCUCACGGACAUCGUGUGGCCUGAGAUUGCCCGGCUGGUGAAGCAGCAGAUUGGGGAGGCAGAGGCUUUAGGCAAGGCCGUGUGCGUGCUGGACGCGGCCGUGCUGCUCGAGGCCGGCUGGACCGACAUGGUGCACGAGGUGUGGACGGCCAUCGUCCCCGAGGAGGAGGCCUUGAAGCGCAUCGUGGACCGGGACGGGCUGAGCGCGGAGGCUGCUCGGAACCGGCUGCGGAGCCAGAUGAGCGACUGCGACAGGGUGCAGCAGUCGCACGUGGUGCUGUGCACGCUGUGGGCGCCCGCCGUCACCCGCCAGCAGGUGCACAAGGCCUGGAGCCUCCUGCAGCAGCGCCUGGGCCCUUGA